CCCAGAGAAGAGAUGGUUUUUAUUUUGACGAACCGUUGAUAUACGUUAGAGGCAGGCUACGGCUCUUUCUCUCCCCCUAUUAGCGACGCACCGCUGGUUGAGGCUUCUCAUCGUUCAGUGUGGCCAUGAAUCCGGCUGAACAGACGGUGACAUGGCUCAUCACCCUGGGCGUGCUGGAGUCGCCGAAAAAGACCAUCUCGGACCCCGAAGCUUUUUUGCAGACGUCUUUAAAAGAUGGGGUGGUUUUGUGCAGGCUGCUGGAACGACUACGUCCCGGCACCACAGAGAAAGUUUACCAGGAGCCCAAGAACGACAGCGAGUACUUGAACAACAUCAAGGAGUUUCUCAAAGGCUGUGCCGCGUUUCGUGUUGAGCCCUUUGAGCCCAGUGAUUUGCUGCUGGGCCAGAACCUAACUAAGGUCCUGAGCACCCUGGUGUCUCUGAACAAAGUCACUGCAGACAUCAGUGUGGGUGGUGACACGGUUGGCUCUCGUCUGUCCUCCACGGCACGGAUCAAGUCCUUUGAGUCUCUGUCCUCCCAGUCGUCCCUGUCAAGAUCCUCCAAGCUUCACAACCAGUUCAGGAGCCUGGACAUGACUGAGAACAGCAAUGCCCAGCUGGUGGUGAAGGCUCGCUUCAACUUCCAGCAGACCAAUGAGGACGAGUUGUCCUUCAACAAGGGCGAUGUCAUCCACGUCACACGCACCGAUGACGGAGGCUGGUGGGAGGGCAGCCUCAACGGCAAGUGCGGCUGGUUCCCUAGCAACUAUGUGCGCGAGAUCAAAGAUAAACCCAUCUCCCCCAAAUCGGGGACAAUGAAGAGCCCUCCCAAAGGCUUCGACACCACUGCCAUCAGCAAGACAUACUACAACCUGGUGCUUCAGAACAUUCUAGAGACAGAGACGGAAUAUUCCAAAGACCUGCAGAACCUCCUGUCCAAUUACCUGCGCUCGCUCCAGAACACUGACAAGUUGAGUAGUUCUGAUGUGGCCAUCAUCUUGGGUAAUCUGGAGGAGAUCAGCACAUUUCAGCAGACACUAGUGCAGUCCCUGGAGGACAUCACCAGAACCCCAGAGUCACAGCAGAGGGUAGGGGGCUUCUUCAUGAAGCUCAUCCCCCAGAUGAAGGCUCUCUACGUCAGCUACUGCUCCAACCACCCCUCCACCGUCAACGUGCUCAUGGAACACAGUGAGGAGCUGGGUGAGUUUAUGGAGAGUAAGGGCUCCAGUAGUCCAGGCAUCCUGACCCUGACCACCGGCCUCAGUAAGCCUUUCAUGAGGCUGGACAAGUACCCUACCCUGCUGCAGGAGCUGGACAGACACAUGGAGGAGGGCCAUCCUGAUAGGCCGGAUAUCCAGAAGUGCAUGACUACGUUUAAAAGCCUCUCAUCGCAGUGCCAGGAGGUGCGUAAGCGUAAGGAGCUGGAGCUGCAGAUCCUGACGGAGAGCAUCCGGCUGUGGGAGGGAGAGGACAUCCACACACUGGGCAACGUGCUCUACCUCAGCCAGGGCAUGGUGCAGAGUCCUGGAACAGAGGAGAAGCAUGAGCGCUACCUCCUGCUGUUCCCUCAUGUGUUGCUCAUCCUGUCCGCCAGCCCGAGAAUGAGCGGCUUCAUAUACCAGGGGAAGCUGCCAUUGACGGGAAUGAUGGUGACCAAACUAGAGGAGACGGAGAGCCACAAGAAUGCCUUUGAGCUGUCUGGGAGCAUGUUUGAGCGUAUCCGGGUGAUGUGCUUCACGCAGCAGGACCAGCAGGACUGGCUGGAUCACCUGACACGCCAGACCAAACACACGGCCAUGACCACACCCAGCCUCAAGCCCCUCACCGUCCCCUGCCACACGCUGCCCUCCCACCCCUUGACUCCGUCGCGGCAGUCGGAGAGCCGCAGUCUGACAGUGGGGCCAGCCUACCACACGCUGCCGCACCCCUCGUCGCACGGCGCGCCCCACAGCACCAUGAUGUGGGGGCCCCUGGAGCCCCCCAAGACCCAGAAGCCCUGGAGCCUCAGCUGCCUGCGGCCCGCUCCCCCACUACGACCCUCCGCCGCACUCUGCUACAAGGAGCAGGACCUCAGUAAAAGCCCUAAGAGCAUGAAGAAGCUACUGCCCAAACGCAAGCCGGAGAGGAAGCCGUCAGAAGAGGAGUUUGCCCUGCGCAAGAGUACGGCAGCUCUUGAGGAGGAUGCUCAGAUCCUGAAGGUGAUCGAGGCCUACUGCACGAGCGCCAAGACCAGGCAGACCCUCAACUCAACGUGGCAGGGCACGGACCUGAUGCACAACCACGUGCUGGACCAGUCGUCCAGUGUGGACCCUCUGGGCCGCCGCAGCAGUGUGUCGCGGCCGGAGGGCAGCUCGGACCUCUCCGAGGACUCGGACUAUGACAGUAUAUGGACGGCCCACAGUUACCGGACAGGGCCCAUGAGCACCCGUAAGAGCUGCAGCUCCUACAUCUCCCACCAGAACUAAAUGACAAACAAACAUACAAACAAAUGAAUAAACAAGAAACCAAACGGCGACCUCGGCACUCGUCCUCCCUCCCCCUCUCCUCUCUUCUCCUCUCCUCUCCACCUUCACGACACUUCACCUUGCCUCCUCCUCCUCCUCCUCCUCCUCGGUAUGUUCAUUGUUAUGCCAGUACCUUUUUCUUUGAGUUGAGGAUUUUAUUUGAUUUAAUUUGAUUUUUAAAUGUAUUUUUUCUUUUUUUUUAACUUUUAUUUAAUGAAUGUCGUUAAUCCAUGUCUUAUUUAUUCAUCUUUGUGUUUUUUUUUAUUUAUUUAUUUAAUUAUUUUUGUACACAAAUUAACCAGGUAAAUUUCAUUAAGUUAAGUCUUUUUGGUACGUUUGUUUUGUUGCAGCCCUUGUCCCCAACGAAUGUGGAAAUAUUUAUUAUUUAUUUGCUUAUUUAUUUAUUCUUUUUUGUUUGUUUUGAGUGUAUGCACUUUUCUGCAAUGCCCCCUGCCCCCUUCUAUUUCCCACCCCUUAUUUUUUUAUGGAUUGAUUGACCACCCACCCCUUCUAUCCUUUUGAUCAAGCCCUCCCUCAUUCACAGAGCUUUUAUUUUGCACGGGAAUGCCUACCCACCAAUACCCCACUGCUCGCGACACUCAAGCCCAUUUAAAAUAAAACACCCCCACACCCCCUCUACCCUAAUGGUACAACCCUUAUCAAAAUGGCCAAUGGAUGUGUGUUGUUGCCUUCGGCCCCAUUGUCCCUGUGUUGCAUUACUGAAAGCAUACCUGGCCAAAGCAGAGACCUUUUAUGACAGAGAUGCUUCCUCCUCUGUCUCUCGUUAUGGAGGGGGUGUAGGAUGAGAUCUCUUAUUUCAGAUCCUCACAGUAGCUGCAUAUUCAUACCAGGACAAUAGAAGGACAACAUUGUUGUAACUUAAAAUAUAGAUAUAUUUGGGACCAUCUGGGGUAUAGCAGGCUAUUCCAGAGCACUUAGCCUUCUUUGGGUAUGUUAACUCGGCAGCAUGAGGUAAGUCUCCUAAAAGAGGAGCCAUGGCUUGAUGUUGAUAGCAGGAUGAAUCUAUCGGGCUCUCCUUUUAGCAGAUUUACUCUGAGGUAACGUACUGCUAGCUUGAUUAUUAGACAUCAAACCACCUUCUUGGAACGCCUUCUCUCAUGUAGAAACUAAUAAUAUUGGUUGUUAUAUUAUCUGUAUUAUGGGAACAGCAGGUUCUGACACAAACUUUGAACCAGAACCCUUCUGAUGGCCAUUUCUAUGGCAACACGGAAUUAUUUACAGGGAGCUUAACUUGGUUUCAGUACUUAACUCAGUACAACUACAGCACAAACUAUAGGUGAUGACGAUGAAAGUAAACUUGUUAAAGUUCGAUGGUCACGUACUGUAUGUAUGUGAUUCUGCAGGUACAUUUUGGGACAGUUGCACAAACUCUUUGUCAUGUAUCAAUGAAUCCCUCCUCCCUCCUCCCCGGAAUUCUUAAUUUUAUAUGUGUACUGUAUUUUUUAAAUUAUUUUUGUACACUUAACGGUAUGCUUGUGUGUAAGUUUCCUUUUACUUGUGUGUUUUAAGAGUUUAUGAUUGUGUCAAAACGUUUACGCCGAAAUAGUAUGAAAGUUUACAAGACAAAAAAACGUGUUGAUGUUGACGGUGUUGUUUUCGAUGGGUUGUUGUGAAUUCGUUGUAAAUCAGGUACAGUAUGAGAGCUAUAACAAUGAAGGGAAGGCACGUGUCUGAGCCUUUGGGGUGAAUCGUUUUCAUUUCUUUUGUUCUGUCUCGCUCUCUCUCUCUCUCGGUCUCUCUCUCUCUCUCUCUCUCUCUCUCUCUCUCUCUCUCUCUCUCUCUCUCUCUCUCCCCCCCUUCUUCACUUCUCUUUCUCACUUUUUGUCUCACAUCCUUGUAUGACCGUCUCUCUGCCUCUUUCAUUCUGUUACCCCUCUAUUUCCCAUUUCUGGCUUUUCCUAUUGACCUAUUCCUUCUUAUAUUUUUAUAUUCUCUCUCUCUCUAUCUCUUUCUCUCUCCGUCUUUUGUUCGUUCCCUCCCUCUCCUUUCUGUUUCCAAGCUCCAGACAUUCAGUGUUUACGAAGCGGGUGAACCUUCUAUUCCUUGUCAUUAUUAUUGUACAAAAAAGUGUUUUUCUUUCCUUUCAUCGUGGCAACAACUAAAUAAUAGAAAAAAAAAGAAUUGUCUUGCCAAACAUCCUGCAAGUAUUAGAGCAAAGAAUACAAUUAUAUAAGUCUACAAUACAUGUUGUGUGAUAUUCUUUGUGACUCAAUACUGUCCAGUAAAAGAAGACGAAAAAAAAAGAAUUGGGACGUUCUUAUCUAAUGUUGUACCGUACAAUGUUGUACUGUUGCAAUCCUGUGUACAAAGUUAAAAUCUUGCAAGUGAUGUCUACAGAAACCGUUCAAUAAAACAAAAAAACAUGAUAAUGGUGAAUCGUUCAAGGGAAAAAAAGUUACAAGCAUAAAAAAGAUACAAAAGCAUAACAAGAGGAACAGAAGACAAUGUAUUAUACAUUUUGAAUAAACCUUUCAUUUGUUAGAUGGUUGUUAUGGUAUUUUUGUGA